AGAGAGAGAGAGAGAAAUGGCAAAAUUAGUGGAAGAGUUUUUGAGCCUUGAAGCCACACCAACAUGGGCAGUGGCAACUGUAUGCUUUGGUCUCAUUUCAAUCUCUUUAGUCAUUGAGUAUGCCCUUCUUCUCUUAGCCAAGCACUUCAACAAAAAGCAGAGGAAGUCUCUCACUCAAGUUCUUGACAAGAUAAAGUCAGAGUUGAUGUUGUUGGGUUUCAUUUCUUUAUUCUUGACUAUUAGCCAAAAACCGAUUGCAAAGAUCUGUAUUCCAACUAGUGUCGGCGAAUCUUUUCUUCCAUGCAAAACCAUGACUAGCGAUGGAGUGGAGGAAUCCAAAUGUGAAGAGCAGGGAAAGCUUUCAUUGAUGUCUAGAACAGGAAUGCAACAACUCCAGAUGUUAAUCUUUGUGUUGGCCUUCUUCCAUGUUUUCUCUUCAUUCCUUACAUUCAGUCUUGGACUUGCUAAGAUGAAAAGGUGGGAAUCGUGGGAGGCAGAAACAAAAACAAUGGAAUAUCAAUUUUCAAAUGAUCCACAAAGGUUCCAACUCAUUAAUGAAACAUCAUUUGGGAGACAACAUCUGAAAUUUUGGAGUGAACACCGGUAUCUUCGCUUACCGGUUUGUUUCCUUCACCAGUUCUACAAAUCUGUCUCCAAAGCAGACUAUUUAACUCUUCGAUAUGGAUUCAUUACGGCCCAUUUUGCAAACGAAAGCAACUUUGACUUCCAAGAGUACUUAAGAAGAGCUUUGGAAAAGGACUUUGGAGUCCUGGUGGGAAUAAGCUUCUGGAUUUGGAUCUUUUCAGUAACUUUCAUAUUCCUAAAUGCACACGUGUUUUACAACUAUUUCUGGCUUCCCUUCAUUCCAUUAGUGAUGCUAUUGAUAGUUGGGACAAAGCUACAAAGUAUAAUAACACAGAUGUGCUUAGAUUCAAAUGAUAAAUCAAAUGUUGUUAGGGGAACCUUGCUUGUUAGGCCCAGUGAUCACUUCUUCUGGUUUGGCCAACCAAAAUUGCUCCUCCACCUUAUGCACUUCAUUUUAUUUCAGAACUCCUUUCAAUUGGCAUUCUUUACAUGGGCUUGGUUCAAAUUUGGCUUAAGAUCUUGCUUCCAUAGAGAAACAGAGGACAUUGUCAUAAAGCUUGGAAUGGGCUUGUUAGUUCACAUCCUCUGUGGCUAUGUCACACUGCCUCUAUACGCUUUGGUCGCACAGAUGGGUACAUCGAUAACAAAAGCAGCGUGCACAGAGGGAGUGGUAGAUGGUCUAAAACAAUGGAGAGCCAAGGCCAAGAAGAACAUAGUUCUAAGGAACAACACCAACUUGGCACGACCCUCAUUGGAUGCUUCCAUGGCUUCCCUUAACAAUAUUUCACCAUCUUUCACUAACCUUGAUGCUUCCUUCUUUGUAGAACUCGAUAAUCCAUUCACCACCGAUGGCGGUUUUGUUGCAGAUAAAGUAGAUAGCGAAGCAGAAAUAGAAGAAGACAAUUUAGUUGGACAACGAAUGGAACAAUAUCAAAAGUUGGGGUCUUUUGAGGGUUUUGACAUUUGCAAAACAUCAUGAUUUUGACAUUGUGUGAGUGUGUAUGUGUUCUUGAGGGCAGAGUAUGAGUAUCUAAUUAUAAGAGAUAUUGUAGGUUCGCCUCCCCACCUCUGCAAAACACCAAGUAUUUGCCUCUUAAUUCAACUAACCCUUAACUUGGCUAAGCCUAGUUGGUUAUAUUGAUUAA